GUUUGAUCAGAUUAGAAGAAAUGGCGGCAGAAGAGGGACAAGUGAUCGGUUGUCACGCGAAUGAUGUAUGGACCGUGCAGCUCGACACAGCCAAACAAACCAACAAGCUGAUUGUGAUAGAUUUCACUGCUUCAUGGUGUCCACCAUGCCGCAUGAUUGCUCCAGUUUUCGCCGAUCUGGCCAAGAAGUUCAUGUCUAGCGCCAUCUUCUUUAAGGUGGACGUGGAUGAACUGCAGAGUGUAGCUAAAGAGUUUGGUGUAGAGGCAAUGCCGACCUUUGUGUUCAUCAAAGACGGAAAUGUUGUGGAUAAGGUCGUUGGUGCAAGGAAGGAAGAUCUUCACGCCACAAUAGCCAAGCAUACUGGUGUUGCAAAUGCUUAGUAUCGUUUUAUGAGACAUAAUAAUAAGUUACACAAGUUUUAUUUAAGUUUCAUUAAUGCUAAUGAGGAUAUUGUGGAUGGAGAUGAAUAAUGUAGAAUUUAAUUUAUCUCUAUCUCUUCCGAGUCUGCAACAUAUUAUACAUAUCUGAAGACCAUGCUUUCAUCAUUUGGUUACUGCCUUUUUACUCAAU